UUUGACAAAACAAAAGUUUAUAUUUACGAGUGGCGUGAGAAAAAAAAAAUUCUCAACGAUUUAGUAGUAUUUAAAUCAAUAUUAGAUUUAUAUGCGUUGUUUUUAGUAAAUUAGUUUUUACUGUCACAAGUUAUAUUACAUGGUGUUAAGUCGAUCUAGUCUUGUAGAAAUUGACAUGACAUUGUGAUUGUUUUGAUAUAAGAACUUUCGAAAAAUAUUCUAAUUACUAACUCAUGUUGUAAUAUACUUACGGAUUUACGAUGGAAGGUGGAGAUUGGAGAAAUAAUAUUAUAAGUCAGCUACAGGCUCGAAAUAAGCGAGAAACGAGUUCUUUUCAAGAUAUCAUAGCCUUUCAAAGCAGACUCUUUGAUAAUGUUAAUACACUGAAAAAUGAAAACUUACAGCUCACAUUAUUGAAUGAAAGAAUUAGAUUUUCCAGUACAGAAAGUGUAUUGAACAGUGGAGGUGGUGUAUCUAAUGAAAGAAUACAGGCUUUAGAACAAAAAAUCCUAUUGCAACAAGAGGAACUUACAUCGCUGCACCGAAGACGAGGUGAAAGUUCUCAGCAAAUUAUUAACCUCAAUGCUAGAGUACACGACUUAGAAAAGAGUUUACAAGCCAAGGAUGUAAUAAUUUCAGAAAAUACUGCAUUAAUAGCAUCAUUACGUGCUGAAAUCCAGAUGUAUGAAACAAACAUGACAGAAUUACAAGGACUUAAUCAAGUUCUCAGGGAUGAGCAUCAGGCAUUGCAAAUUGCAUUUGCUGCUAUUGAAGAAAAAUUGAGGAAAGCACAGGAUGAAAAUCGGUCCCUCGUUGAAAGGCUUAUAAAGUACAAAGCAAAAGAUGCGGACAAAAUGAAUGAAGAAAAUGAACACUUUCUCAAGUCAAGCAACCCUACUGCGUUUUUCAUCAACACGUUUGGUAGAGUUAGUUUCGGGAAAAAGAGUGACAAGGUACGCAAAGAACUGGAAGAGGCAGCUAGAGAGGCUGGCAGCAGAAACAGUGCCGGUUCCGCGGGCAGUUCCGAGGAGAAGAUUAUGGACUCGUUGCCGUACUAUGCGACCGCCUUGCCUACAAAAGUUGCAUUGAGAUUUGAUGCGCACGACGGUGAAGUGAAUGCUGUUAAAUGGAGUCCAACAGACCACUUAGUGGCGACGGGAGGCGCCGAUAGAAAAGUUAAACUAUGGAAUGUCUCUAAAAUUGGCGUAAUAGAAUGCAAAGGGACGCUCGUCGGUUCUAACGCUGGUGUGAUGUCGGUGGACUUUGAUGCAACUGGAGCGUACAUCGUAGGGGCUUCCAACGACUUUGCGAGUCGCGUUUGGACUGUUGGCGACCAGAGGUUAAGGCACACGUUAACGGGGCACAGCGGAAAAGUGAUGGCGGCUAAAUUUCUCGGUGAACCAACUAAAGUCAUCACUGGCAGCCAUGAUAGGACGCUUAAAAUAUGGGAUCUUAGGAGUAGAAUGUGUACAGAAACUAAGUUCGCAGGAUCAUCUUGCAACGACCUCGUGACGUCCGACGGCGCGGGCUCCACCAUCAUCUCGGGCCACUUCGACAAGCGGAUACGCUUCUGGGACAUACGCACAGAAAUGUCGGCCAACCACAUCAUGCUGCAGGGCAAGGUCACGUCGCUCGACCUCAGUAGAGAUAGCAAUUAUUUGUUGGCGUGUGUUCGAGAUGACACGAUACAGCUCAUAGACUUACGGAUGAACACAAUAGUACGAUCGUUCAGUCACGAGUCGUUCAAGGUGGGUUGCGACUGGUCGCGGGCAGCGUUCGGGCCGGCCGGCCGGCUGCUGGCGGUGGGUGCAGCGGACGGCGCGGCGUACGUGUGGAACACGCAUUCGGGCAAACUAGAAGCCGUAUUAAAAGACCAUUCAUCAGCCGUAACAGCAGUGUCAUGGCAUUCACAGUCUGGACUCCUGGCUUCGGUAGAUCGAGGAAAGCGCGCAGUCAUUUGGGGUGAUUUGUGACAGGCGACCGAAAAUGUUGCACUCCCGCUAACUGAACAGGUAGUGAGUCAGAAUACUGCGGAGCUUGAGGGCGACAGUGCGGAGAUGUUGGACUUCUUCCGAGGCCUCACCACCGAUAUUCUUCAGCGAUUUACAUGAGGCCUCACCACGUACAUCGACGUGCGCAGGCGCCCCGUGGUUCACUGACGUGGUGAAAAAAAUCUCUAAUAUGAUUUUUUUACCUUCAAAGGGACUUUAUGAGACGAGACAUAAAUAUUAAAAUAGUUAUACCGAUUGUGAUAGCAAAUCGAGACAAUAUUGCUUGAAGAAUAACAAAGGGUUGCUAUGUUCAUAUUAUUAAUUCGUUGCCAAUGUUUAAUUAUAUAACAGAAACUUUGUAGUCAUGAUUGACUAAAUGUGCUAAUCUCUAAUUGCCCACCUACUCAAUAAAAUUGUAUACAAAAAAAAAAUUCAGUAGUAGGUCAAUUUUUCACCUGGUAUUCAAGGAAAGAGCAUACUUAUAGCUAAUCUUAUUCGGCAGCGCCCUAGCUGGGUUAAUCCCUUGCUUAAUUCAAGCAUUAAUUCAAUAUUAUAUAGAUCAGGUUAUCUUGUCGUAUUGAAAUACAUCAAUAUAGUUGAUUGUAUAGGUAAGGGAUAAACUUUAGAACAUUCUUCUAACAAGAUAUAAAAUUAUGAUUUCAUAUCAUCAUCAUAAUAUUAGGUUUCUAUUCCAAAACACCACAAAUUCCAAGGUGUACCCAUCUUGUCCCUUACCUUCUAUCAGUGCAACAAGAUAACGGGUCUAGUUAUGAAUAAACUUCACUUUAGUGGAAUCGACGAUGACGCUGAAAUUGAAAGCGUGUAUUUUUAGUUUGACGAGACUAUUUUAACGAUUCGCCUUUACUUAAUUUCUUGGCAGUUAUGUUCUACGCAUCUAGGCUAUAAUGAUCCUCAUUAUGUAUCUCGAUAAAAUCUAUAAACGGCUGAGCAUCAAGUUAUAUUUAAUAGGCGUAUCUGAACUAACAUUACAUUCCCUUGCGUAAUUUUUAGAGUCCAUUAAUUUAAAUGCCAUUUAUAGCUGAAACAAAAAGGAUGUGCGGCGGAAUCUUGUCUAACAUAGUUCUUAGAGGUGUAAUAAUAUAAGGAACUGUAUGAAGGUGUUUACAUACAAAGUGCGUGUUGGAGCCGCGCUCCUGCUUUUGCGUAACCAUUUUUUUUACUAUAUAGGUUUGCACUUAAUCAUGCUAAAUAGUAAAUGAUGAUGUAGCCUGCCUGCCUUACAGGUGCCUAUUCACUCUUUUCAGGGUUCCGUACCUCAAAAGGAUAAAAGGAACACUUACAGGAUCACUU